AUGGCACGCGACCACAACAGCGACGUGCUUCCGUCGCCGUCCUUGGCCGUCACCGACGAGCCCGUCGUCAUCGAUGUCGCCAAGCCGCAUGCAGCGUACCGCCCCGAUGUCGAUGGCCUCCGGACGCUGGCCGUGCUGCCCGUCGUCGUCUUCCACGCGUAUCCCGAGCUGUUUCCGGGCGGCUUUAUUGGCGUCGACAUCUUCUUCGUUAUCUCGGGCUACCUCAUCUCGGGCAUCCUCUUCAAGGAGAACCAGCGCGGCUCGUUCACGUACACGAGCUUUUACACGCGGCGGGUGCGGCGCAUCUUCCCAACGCUCAUCUUGGUCUUGAGCGCGACGCUGUGGAUGGGGUACCUCUACUUGAUGGCGGCCAAGCUCAAGGCCCUCGCGGCGACGAUGCUGGCGGGCACGCUCUUCUGCGCCAACCUCCAAGUGCUUUCGCUGGAACACUCGUAUUUUGCGCUCGACAUCAAGAUGAACCCGCUCCUGCACUUGUGGUCGCUCGGCGUCGAAGAGCAGUUUUACAUUUUCUGGCCGCUCCUCGCGUCGCUGGUCAUGCGACUGCCGUACAAGCGUGCGCUGUACCUCCAAGUGGCCGUGCUGCUCGGCAGCUUUCUCUUCAACAUCCUGUUCCUUGGCUACCACGACAACAACAACGUUUCGUUCUACAACCCGCUGAGCCGGUUUUGGCAAAUGGCCAUGGGCGGCCUCCUAGCGUACACGACCAAGUUCAACCCGAACGAGGCGUACAGCAGCGUCACCAUGUCGCCCCAUUCGGCCAAGUCGUCGUCGUCGCCGCCGUCGCAUGCGCGCCGCAGCCAUCUCCUCUCCGUGUCGGGCCUCGUGUGCAUUCUCUUUGGCUUUUACUACAUCAACGAAGCCCGCUUGUUUCCGGGGUUCUGGGCGCUGCUUCCGACCGUCGGCGCGACCUUGCUCAUCGCCGCGGGUCCCGACGCGAUCGUCAACACGCAUCUCCUCAGCAACCGCGUCGCAGUCUACAUUGGCAAGAUCAGCUACUGUCUCUACCUCUGGCACUGGCCGCUCCUCGUGUUUGCCAAGGAGCGGUACCCGGACGACCCGCCGCUGUACGCAUCGCCUUUCAUGAUGCUGCUCGCGAGCUUUCUCCUCUCUGUGCUCACGUACAAGGACGUCGAGACGCCGCUGCGCCACAAGAAGGCGUGGUAUGUGACGCCGAUGCUUGUACUAGCCGUCAUGGCGCUCGCCGUGGCUGCCCUGUGCGUCUACACCAACCCGUCGCAGUUUUCGGCCAUUGAAAUCGAAGUUGCCAAGUCGAUGACCGACGCUGAUACGGUGGAUUUGGCACCGACGGCUGCGCCCGUCAGCAACCAACCGUUGGUUCACGCGACCGAAGCGCCUGUCGUCGUUACGGAAGCGACCAACAACGCCGCUUGGACGUCGGUGCAUGCCACGAACGCUCCGAUCGUCGCCUCUGUCAAUGUGUCGCAGGAUGCCACGGCACGGGUUGUGGCUACGGCCGCACCGAUCGUUGCUACGGCCGCACCGAUCGUUGCCACGGCCGCACCGAUCGUUGCUACAGCCGCACCGGUCCAGAAGAAGCGCCCGCCGACAACGCUCAGCAUGGUGCGCAAGUCGCAAGUCGACGGCGCGUGGAACACGGAUGCUGGUAUCACGUGUCCCGCCGAUUUGCCGUAUGUAGCAGAAGCGACGACGCCCAAGCCAUUCCCCUUCAAGGAGUUCAUUAGCACCGCAUACCCGGAAGUGUGCCAGCUGCUCAACCCGCACCACGAAGAGAACGGCGUUCUCGUCGUCCUCGGCGACUCGCACGCAGACAUGACCAAGCCCCGCAUUGUGCGCCUCUUUGAAGAAGCCACAGCCGCGAGCCGGCCGUUCCCGACGGUCGUCUUCAAGACGCGGUUCGGGCGCGCGCUGCUUUCCUGCCGCCCCGAGUUCUCGGCCAACAUGGCCAUGCUCAAGAAGCUCAAGCCGCAAGCAGUGCUUCUGGUGAUCCACUGGAUCCAGUACCUCAACCCCGCGGCCCCCGCCGGCGCCCCCCAAAGCUACCCGCCCAAGUGCUGCUGGGAAAACGGCGUGCCGUGCAAGGACCAGAGUAUGGCCGACGUCGACGCGCUCUUGUUGGACCUCCAAGACGAGCUCAUCGCGCUGCGGGACCUCGGUAUCAAGGUCUUCCUCGUCGACCAGAGUCCCGAGUACGACCGCAUGAACCCGGCGACGUGGCUCCAUGGUGAGUCUGUCAAGCUCCCGACCGAGCCCGUGCUCAAGUCGGUCUUUCAACACGAGCGCCAAUGGCUCUUUGACCGCCUCCACCGCGUCGUCGCGAAUUCGGAUGCGACCUUGAUCGACUACGCCGAUAACUACUCGGAGGGCGACAAGAUAAAGUUCGUGGACGACGCUGGCGUGCCCUACGUGUGGAUCUACAACCAUUUGACGUCGACCGCGGCGCGGAACCACCUCCAUGUCGUCGACCAAGUCGUCGCGGCUGCCCUGACGCGCCACUAAGAGUGCUCUAAAGACGAGCAGAAGAGUACAUUUCCAUGUCUAAUACCUAAACC